UUAAUGCUCGGACUCGUCGUCUGGUUCUUGUUCAAAGUCUUUCAAGGGUUAUAUCUCAGCCCUAUCUCUCGAAUCUCCGGCCCCAAGUUAGCAGCCAUCACACACCUUAACGAGUUCUACCACGUAUGCAUACGAAAUCACUGGGGCACUUAUCUCAGAUCUUUACAUGGACGAUAUGGACCUAUUGUUAGAAUCAACCCUAAUGAAGUCCACAUCCUAGAUCAUGACUUCAACUACAUCCACUUCAACCAGCGCAAUCUUGAUAAAGAAAAAUGGUACUUCCAACUUGCCCCAAGGUCAACCGCUACCAUCACCCCACAUGCUGAGCACAGGCGUCGCCGGGAUAUCAUACUGCCCCUAUUCAACGGGAGACAGUUGAGAUGGUUCGAAACUAGUUCCUUAUCUUCGUAUCUGACCAAGCUGGAUGCCCAUCUUGGUCGAUUUGCCAAGUCGAAAGAGCCGCUCAACCUUACUCAUCUUUUCUGGGCUGCGAGCAACGAUAUCCUGGCUGAGUACAUCUUUGGUACCGGAAUGGGUCUGCUAGACAGGGAUGACCUGGCAGCUGGAUAUGACCACAGGACUUUCAAUGCCACGAGAUUGGCAUCGGUUUUUCGCCAGUGGCCGUUGUCACUCUUAUUAGUGGUCCGUAAUGUUUCCUUGACAGCCGAACUCAACAAACCCUUCUUCUCUCCAUCUCGGCCUAGAAAAAGCGGCAAGUCAUCAGGGGGCAUUGCGCAGCAUCUAUACAGCAAUCACAAGCUAUAUCGGGAUUCCUCUGUCCUGAACCCUGAAUGUGCUGAAUUUAUGCUGGGAGGGACGGAAGCAAUCACCUACAACCUAGCCCACGUGUUCCACGGACUGAUGGGCAAUCCCACCGUUGCUAGGAAAUUGAGAAAAGAGCUAGAUAGUGUAGAGGUACCCCAGGGCCGUAUAUGGGAUGACCCUAGAGUGGUCAACCUCAAAUAUCUGGUAUGUUUAUUUUUGGCUAAACCCUUUUCCUACAGGCUGAACGAUACGGAUGCUAUACGAUUUGUCCGCCAAAGUCAUGAGACUGUUGCGUACAAGGGCUUUACCACCCCACCGCGGACUACCAUUAGCAUGACCGAAAUGUUCGUCAACUGGGACUCCACCAUCUUCCCCGAGCCCGAAAAGUUCGAUCCCGACAGAUGGCUCUCUAAAAGUCCGGAGGCCGAUCGAGCUCGGAAGCUCGCGGUCACAUUUGGACUUGGAAAUAGGACUUGUGUUGCCAAAGACCUCGUCAUGUCCAUCAUGACUAGAAUCGUAGCGACUGCCGUUUCCAGAUACGAUGUCGCAUUCUGGGAUGAGGGAGAGAAGGACGGCUGGGGCAUGGGGUAUCUGAGGUUAUUCCCU